AUGCCAGAUUUGAGAGCUGAGGUGCCACAACAGUUUGCUGCCUCGAAGUCAAUAACUACUGCGCACAUAGAUUCUUUCACAUCGCAGAGUACAUUUAUGACACCAGGCGAAAGCUCUACGGAGGAGCUUAAGAGACAUCAUCAGUCACUAAAGAGGGUGCAUCACAAAGAGAGAAUGGAGAGCAUUGACACAACUCUUUCCCUAGAUCUGCUGUGACUAGUUAAUCAAUCGAGAGACACUGAAGGGCGCAAAUUCUUGGUUAAAUGCGAUGCCUCUCGCAGAUCAGGGCUUAGCGCUUAACAAGCAGGAGUUCAGAGACUCGCUACGCUUACGGUAUAAUUUGCCUGUAGUCGAUCUACCAAGUCUAUGUGUGUGUGGGGAUAAAUUUACUGUAGGCCAUGCCCUCUUAUGUAAAAAGGGGGGGCUUUGUAGCGCAGAGACAUGAUGGUGUCCGUAAUUUAUCAACGGCAUUCACCAAUAAGUUCUGCAACAACGUGGAAAUUGAACCACGCCCUCAACCCCUCGACAACGAACGGCUAUAUUUGAGAAGUGCCGUCAUAAGCUCUGAGGCAAGAUUAGACAUCAAAGCGGGAGGUUUCUGGUCAGGAGGAGUUACGAAAUUUUUUGAUGUAAGAGUUACGCACGUUAACUCCAAGUGUUAUCAGAACAAGACAACAUCUGAAGUAUUCAAGGAGAAAGAGGACGAAAGAAACGCAAGUACCAGCAGCGGGUACUAGAUGUAGAGAUGGGUUCAUUCACACCUUUAGUGUUUGGAACCAAUGGCGGAAUGGGAAAUGAGUGUCAGCGUGUCCUGAAGCAUCCUGCAAAUAAGAUAGCUCAGAAGGACACCGAGCCGUAUAACACCGUUAUCGCAUAG